AUGGCCGCCCCCCCCCGCCUCGGCAUCCAGAUGCUGCUGGAGGCCGCCGAGUUCCUGGAGCGGCGGGAGCGAGAAGCCGAGCACGGUUACGCCUCGCUGUGGCCCGGCGGGAAGGACGGCGAGGCCCCACGGCGCCGCGCCAAGGCCCGGAGGAGCGGCGGCGGCGGCAGGUCGACACACAAUGAGAUGGAGAAGAACAGGCGCGCCCAGCUCCGGCUGUGCCUGGAGAGGCUGAAGGGGCUGGUGCCCCUGGGGGCGGCGGCCGGGCGGCACACCACGCUCAGCCUGCUCACCAGGGCCAGGCUCCACAUCCAGAAGCUGGAGGACCAGGAGCGCCGAGCCCUGCACCAGAUCGAGCAGCUGCAGCGGGAGCAGCGGCACCUGCAGCGGCAGCUGGAGAAGCUGGGCAUGGAGCGGGUCCGCAUCGACAGCAUCGGCUCCAGCCUCUCGUCCGAGCGCUCCGACUCGGAGCAAGGUGAGAGCCCGGCGCGGGGCGCGGCCGCGGGGAGCCCCGGCCCCGCCGGAGCCCCAACGCCGCCCGUGUCCCCCCCGGCAGAAGAGAUGGACGUGGACGUGGAGAGCACGGACGACCUGCCGGCCGAGCUGGACUGGAGCAGCAGCAGCCCCAGCGACUCGGACGAGCGCGGCAGCCUGCAGAGCCUGGGCAGCGACGAGGGCUACGCCAGCUCCGGCGGGACGCGGGCCAGGCCGGCGGGCGGCAGGAAGCUUCCCGCGGGCGUGUAG